UUUUCCAGCGAAUCACACCGCCGCGCAAUCAUCUUUCCAUCCCUCUUCGAGUCGGGGCCAAACCAAGGAGAACCAGCUAGGCGUGUGCGUGGCCGCGUCGUAUUCUUCUCCCCACCUUUCCCCAACCUCUCCCCGCUCCUGCAAUCCGAUCUCCCCCCUCCCCCGAUCAUGCGCAGCUCCGCCGCCGCCCAGCCCCCACCUCCCGCCUCCUCCGCCGCCAUGUACGGCUCCGCCCCCGCCUACGUCGCGUCGGCCUCUUCCGCCUCCGGCGGCGGCGGGUACUCCUACCCAGCGCCCGCCUCUUCCGGCGCCGGCGCCGGCUACGCCAAGAUCCCCACCUACCCCGCGCCCCCGUCGUCGGCCUACCCCAGCCCCAACCCUCCCCCACCGCAGGUCUCCACCCAGGCCCCGAUCCAGGACCCCACGGCGCCGCCGUCCCCGCUCGCCAGGGCGGCCGAGCUCGUCACGCGGUUCCGCGAGCAGGGCCAGGCGCUCAUCGCGGCGCGCCGGCCCUGGGGCGAGGUCUUCCGCGCGCCGGCCUUCUCCAAGCCGCCCUCGCUCGGGGAGGCCGUCGCCCGGAUGCGCCGCAACACGGCCUACUUCCGCGCCAACUACGCGCUGGCCGUGGUCGCCGUCUUCGCGGCCUCGCUGCUCUGGCAUCCGGGGACGCUCUUCGCGCUCCUCUUCCUCUGCGCCGCCUGGUUCUUCCUCUACUUCGCGCGCCCCGCGCAGGGGGGCCAGCCGCUGAGGGUCUUGGGGAUGGAGUUCGACGACGGCACCGUGCUCGCCGCGCUCUGCGGCGUCACCGUCAUCGCCAUGCUCUUCACCGACGUCGGGUGGAACGUCGUGGGGUCCGUCAUGAUCGGGGCCGCGCUGGUCGGCGCCCACGCGGCGCUCAGGUCCACCGACGACCUCUUCCUCACGGAGCAGGAGGCGGCCGGGGACGGCCUGGUGGCCGCCGCCGGGCCCAUUCUGCCCACCUACGUCCGUAUUGGUUGAUUCCGUGCCUGGCCGUGGUAUGAUGAUGGUUUCCAAGGUGCAGUCUCUACAGAGCAUGUUAUUGGUUGGUUGCAAUGGCAGUUUCUUUGUAAUUACCAUGCUUAGCAGUUGGAUUUGAUCUCUGUGUCUAAUAUUGGUUGCCUUGUGGGUGUGUAAACAUGCUAGAUUUGCUUGUCAUAUUAUGUUUGUGGUGAAAUGCAAUGGUACUGUGAACAUAUGAAGCCAUUGCUGGAAUCAGAUGGUCAUUGGUAUGGUGGUGUUCAUAUGUGAUUCUGUUGUAUCUGAUAAUGACAAUUGCGAUUUUGCCUGCACAUUAUAAUGCUGACGUUUCAAGUUCA